AUGGCCGCCGAGGACGGAGCAGAGCCUUCGGCGCCCGUGGCCGAAGAUGGAGGAGGACCAGCGCCAUCACAACCGCCUUUGGCCCCUGCAACCUCUGUGCAAGUGCCGAACGCGGCCGACGUGGCAAAGGCGGCUGUGGCGGCAAGGGCACUCCAGACCAGGGCGGAGAUCCUUUCAACAAGCCGACUGGUGGUGCCCCAAGCCGCUCCAUCGCAGCCGGCAGCAGCCCCAACUGCGCUCGCCGUUGUGCAGGCCCAAGUCAGCCCUGACCCCGAAACUCAAGCCGAAGCUGACAUGGAAGCCAUGCGACAGAAGAUGACACGGCUCCAAGACAUGCUUCGCCAAAUGCAAGAACAACAACAAGCAUACGAGGCGGCAAGGCGGACCAAGGCCACGUCGGCUCCAAUCCUUCAGUAUUCGCCGGGCCUGGGAGUUUCGCCAUGGAAUCAAGGACCGCAGUCCGACUUCGUCAACGCUGCUCAGGCACCAACCGUUCGGCAGCAAGCUCCAACUCCAGGCUUCGGAACAAACCAAGCACCAAUCCAAGCUGCCACGACGUGGUCGCAGCCAAUUUUUGACCUGUCCAUGGCGGCUCAGCAAGUACCUCCAGUUGGAGCCGGGCAGUCGAAUGCCAGGGCCCAACCUCACGCACAAGCUGCGAUUUUGCCCUUCGCCACACCGUACCCGCCGCAAAGUGCGUCUCAGCCGGCGAUCCAAGGACAGCAGCCAAGGCAAGGCCAAGCCCCCAUGACUUGGAGAAAGUUCAGAACAGACCGUGCGGGCAAGACUGUGAUGGCUGUCAAAGAAGUGCAAGCCCUUCGCAAGGAGUUCGACGCCCAGCAAGCAAGCAACCAUCAGCAGCCAGCCCGCAAGAAGGUCCGAAAAGACCUCUAUUGCGCCUUUCACGAAAGCUCUUCGCACACCACGGAGCAAUGCCGAAACAUUAGGCAACGUGGCAACGCGCAAGACCCAAGGCCGCAGCAGGGAACAACUGUGGAAGCACCCCGCGAAGCAGUUCAGGAGUAA